ACUCGGAGGGAGAGAGUCAGAGCUGCUCGUCCGGCGGAUCUUCACCUCUGAAACAAAUCCCCGGUGUCUCCUGUCAUCCUCCCCUCCUCUUCCCCUCUCACCUCCCCGGCUUUGCUCCUCUCUGGAGCCCCUGGAAGCUUCUCCCUGUUAUUUUUCUUCUUCUUCUCUCUAAUCUCCUUCUUCAGCUCGACUUUGAUCAACACUUUCUUCUGUGGGAUUUAGUUUUCUGCUCAUCACUCUCUCCCAACACUUCGCCGCCGCCGCCGCCGCUGCUCCCAUUCGGAUUUGCUCGCCAGUGAGGAGAAGAACCCCAAGAAUCGGCGAGGUGGAUCCGUGGAUGCGCCUCUGGGGCUCGAACUGGAGAUGGAAAUGCUGAUACUGUUAUUUCAUUCUUUGUGGAUAUUGCAGUGCAACACAGCGAGCGCCGACUCCAUCAUCCACAUCGGUGCAAUAUUUGAGGAGAAUGCAGUGCGGGACGAUGAGGUGUUCCAGCUCGCCGUGUCCGACCUCAGUCUGAGCGAUGACAUCCUGCACAGCGAAAAGAUCACGCAUUCCAUAAAGCUCAUUGAGCCCAACAACCCUUUCCAGGCGGUGCAGGAAGCCUGCGAGCUGAUGAACCAGGGCAUCCUGGCAUUGGUCACCUCGACAGGCUGCGCCUCGGCUAGCGCCCUACAGUCCCUGACGGACGCCAUGCACAUCCCGCACAUGUACAUCCAGAGGAAUGGCGACGGCUCCCCCAGGACGGCCUGCCAGUUCAACCCGAGCCCCGCAGGGCAGCGCUAUACUCUGGCAGCCCGGCCGCCCGUACGCCUCAACAACGUCAUGCUGACGCUGAUGGAAGAGCUGCGCUGGCAGAAGUUCAUCUUGUUUUACGACAUAGAGUACGAUAUCCGUGGCUUGCAGGGCUUCCUUGAUCAGACGUCCCGUCAGGGCGUUGAUGUUGCGUUACAGAGGGUGGAUAGGAACAUCAGUAAAGUCUUCACCAACCUGUUCACCACCAUGAGGACGGAGGAGCUGAAUCGGUACCGGGACACGUUACGCAGAGCCAUCCUUCUGCUCAGCCCGCAGGGGGCGCACACGUUCAUCCAGCAGGCUGUGGAAACAAAUUUGGCCUCCAAGGACAGUCACUGGGUGUUUGUAAAUGAGGAAAUCAGCGACACAGAGAUCCUGGAGCUGACCCACAGUGCACUGGGGCGCAUGACUGUGAUCCGACAGAUUUUCCCCCUGUGGAAGGACAGCAGCACCCGCUGUAUGAGGCAGAACCACCGGAUCUCGUCACUGCUGUGCGACCCGCAGGAAGGAUACCUGCAGAACCUAGAGGUGUCCAACCUCUACCUGUACGACAGCGUGCUGAUGCUGGCCAACGCUUUCUACAGGAAGCUGGAGGACAGGAAGUGGCACAGCAUGGCGAGCCUAAACUGCAUCAGAAAGUCGACCAAGCCAUGGAACGGUGGCUGGUCAAUGCUGGAGACCAUUCAGAAGGGGAACAUCACAGGUCUGACAGGAAUCAUGGACUUUAAGGAGAGCGGCUCAAACUCCCACGUCCAGUUUGAGAUCCUCGGCUCCAGUUUCAGUGAGACCUUUGGCAAAGACAUCAAAAGGCUGGCGACAUGGGACUCUGUUCAUGGGCUGAACGGCAGCCUGAAGGAGAGUCGCAUAGAGAAUGGGAUGCAAGGGCUGACGGUUAAAGUGGUCACUCUGUUGGAGGAUCCUUUCGUCAUGGUGGCAGAGAACAUCCUCGGGCAGCCCAAGAGAUAUAAAGGAUUCUCCAUCGACGUCCUGGACGCCCUCGCUAAGAUCCUGGGCUUUAAAUAUGAGAUCUACCAGGUUGCAGACAGCAAAUACGGCUCUCAGCUUCCCAACGGCUCAUGGAAUGGGAUGAUUGGGGAUCUCAUCAACAAGAGAGCCGACCUCGCCGUGUCAGCCAUUACCAUCACACCGGAGAGGGAGAACGUGGUCGACUUCAGCAAGCGCUACCUUGACUACAGCGUCGGCAUCCUUCUGCGAAAACCCGAAGAGAAGAUCAACAUCUUCUCCCUGUUUGCGCCGUUCGACCUGGCCGUGUGGGCCUGCAUUGCAGCCGCCAUCCCGGUGGUGGGAGUGCUCAUCUUCCUGCUCAACAGGUUGCAAGCUCUGCGCUCCUCCUCCUCCCAGAAUGCACCGCCAGGCCAUCUGUCCAACGGAGUGGGUUCGGGCACGCUGCACAGCGCCAUCUGGAUUGUUUAUGGAGCAUUUGUUCAGCAAGGAGGUGACGGCAUGGUCGGCUCGGUGGCGCUGCGGAUCGUCAUGGGCAGCUGGUGGCUCUUCACGCUCAUCGUGUGUUCGUCGUACACGGCCAACUUGGCAGCGUACCUCACCGUGUCACGCAUGGACCACGCCAUACGGUCAUUCCAGGACUUGGCGAGGCAGAUUGACGUGGAGUACGGCACAGUGAGAGACUCCGCCGUCUACGACUACUUCAGGAAUAAAGGCACAAACCCUCUGGAGCAGGACAGCACGUAUGCAGAGCUGUGGAGAACCAUCAGCAAGAACGACGGCAUGGACUACUCCGUGUCCAGCCCGUCAGAAGGCAUCCGCAAGGCAAAGAAGAGUCCUUACGCUUUCCUGUGGGACAUGGCGGUGCUGGAGUAUGCGGCGCUGACGGAUGACGACUGCACCAUCACGGUUUCAGGAAACAGCAUGAGCAGCAAAGGCUACGGCAUCGCCAUGCAGCACGGCAGCCCAUACAGAGACCUCUUCUCUCAGAAGAUCUUGGAGCUGCAGGAGAAAGGCGACCUGGACAUCAUGAAGCAGAAGUGGUGGCCUCGCACCGGCCGCUGCGACCUCAGCAGCCACGUCAGCGCCCAUCCCGACGGCCGCUCCCUCAAGCUACACAGCUUCGCUGGCAUCUUCUGCAUCCUGGCCGCCGGCCUCUUGCUGGCCUGCCUGGUGGCCGGCUUGGAAGCAUGGUGGAACAGCAACCGCUGCCGGCAGGAGCAGCCCAAAGAGGUCACUAAGGAUUACAGACUGGCAAGGGUUUCUGGUCCAUUGACAUAUAAUGACAUUACAACUGCUUCAUCGGAGGGGAGGAGGGACAUUUGGACAGACAGAGAGAGAGGCUGGGAUGAAGCAGAAGCAAUUGAUACAGGACAAGGAGGUGAAUCUGGAACAGGUGCAUCGUCGUAUGAACAGUCUUUUGGACGAGGACUUGGCCCACAAGCAGAUCCCCGGUCCCUCUAUCGAGAUCUCUGCGCUGGACAUCGGCAGCAUGCAGCCCAGCCAGGCCUCUCUAGUGCCGGGGCCGGAGUCCGUGCGGGACUACCCGCCCUCGGCCCUCACUGUGACCACCUACCUGCCCGGGGAGGGACCCCCACCUCCCCCUCUUCCCCACCCUCACCAUGGGGGGACCCUAGGCAGGACACUGCCCCCGUCCCAGGGCCCUGGCAGCACCACGUUGCCCCUGCACCACCCUCUCAGCAGCACCAGCCUCAGCGGCACCAUGCAGUGCAAACACCGGGCUCCCAACGGGGGGCUCUUCCGGCAGAGCCCUGGCAAGACACCCAUGCCAAUGUCCUACCAGGCAGUCUCCGCAGGACCCAUACCCGAAGCCAUUGAUCCCAGCCACAGUACAUCCAUAUAGAGACAAGAUGGGACGGGGGUGGAGGGGUGUGGGUGGCGGCCGCUCUGGACUUUACCCAGGUCGGCAUGGGAGGUGGGUUGGGCAGCUUUAGAAGGGAAAAACAUGUAUAAAUUAAAAACAUUUUGUAUCCUACCAUCCGUUCAGAGAAUACGUUUAAAAGAGGAAAAAAAUGGGUAUAUGUGGGGUUUGAGGGGCCGGGGGUGGGCAGACGGGUUCUGGGCGGGCUGUAAUUUUUUUCUGUACAUAUCUGUAAAUAUCGAGACAAUGAGUGAGGUCAAAGUGUAUUUUGAAUAUUCUCAAUUUUUGAAGUUGAGUUAUAAAACACAAGAAAAAGAUAAAAAAAUCUAUAUCUAUACAUUGAUGAAACGUUCUGACUGUUUGAAUGGCUUUGUAAAUUUUGUUCAAUUAAAAACAAUGACGCGGAUUUCAUCGUGAUUGUUUUCUAAGUGCCGAAAUUAAACGAUGUCUCUCGCCACAACUCAUCAGUGUAAACGACUACCCAUGAUGCACUGCUGUAGGGGACGUUGUAGUGUUGGACACCCACUGUUAUGCACCUCUGUACCAAACCUAUAUCCAGUAUACCUUCAGACCCAUCGGACAAAAAUGUUCACUUUUCCCCCUUUUGUGUUACUAUAAAAUAGACUUGUUUUUUUUUUUAUUAGGCCGAAGCAGCGAAGCGCUGCGAAGGCCUAUUUUUAUUUUUUAUUUUAUUUUCAUUUCAAAGCCGAGGUUGACAUCUGUUCUUUUUUUGUUACAUCCACUGUAAGCGAUGUUUUUGUUUCACACAGUUGAAUACAUUGUUUAUAUGGACAUUUUCUAUUUGCCGUCACUUUUUAAAAAGAUGAAUGAAAGGAAUAGUUGUAGAGCAAGAAGGUGAAGAUUUCAGGCUGUGAUCACACAGACACUGCCUGUGAUUCGAGGGAGAACUUCGACUUUAUCGGCGUUGGACUUUGAGUCCUUUCGUGUUUCUAAUUAGUGGUUGAAGACGACAAUUUGGGUUUUUACAAUAUAAUCAAGAAAAUUUGCUCUUCAAAUGGAAUAUAUCCAGCUUUGACUUGUUUAGAGAUGCUCUGAUCGGGUUUAUCAAACCUAACUGACUUUACGUUUUCUCAGUUCUGAUUUUGACUGAUCACUAUUUCUUUUUUUUUUUUCCGAUCUGGACUGUGACAAAACAAAGGAGACGGUGCUUUAUACAGAAAGCAGAAACUGAUCACAAUUAAUGCAUAAAUGUACAUGCCUCAAACUUUUAUCCUUUCUUUUACUUAAAUGCCCAUAAAUGAAGAUGCUAUGUUCCAAUAAUAGGAGUUCUUAAUUUUGUUGCCCUUAACCAAUGGAGCAAGGAAGUCUGUUUUUUCAGUAUUUCACCAAUUAGUACCUGACAAUUAUCACCUCCCUACAUAUUUUAAUAGGAUAAUCUGCUAAAAAAUACAGUACUUAUAGAUAUGACAUUUCUGUUUUGUUUCUAAUCCUGGUAAGAAGCUAACAACCUGACUUGAUAAUCAAAUGUAACCAUCAGCAGUAUGAUAUUUUUCUACAUGUUACUACUUUUUUAAACAGGUUUUACCAUCUUGUGGCGACAGUAUUUGCACAACCAAAUUCAAACUAAAAAAAAAUGACCUGAUCCAUUUUAGUUUUCCCCAAUCCGAGGCCUCAGCCGCUGGAGUCCUGAAUGUUUUGGAUGUUUCCCUAAUUCAACAAUCCCACUUCAAAUGAAUAGUUUAUUAGUGGGUCUCUGCAGAGCUCGACGGCAUGCUGAGAAGGUAAUUCAGCAAUUGGAGUUGGAGCCGACCCAUCUUAAACCUGCCAGGCAUCUGCCCUCGAGGACUGGAAUGAGAUUUUGCUGAUAUAAAUGCUUUAAAACUAUUCCUGCAUUUAUUUAGGUUUUGAUACAUCGGCUUAACCAGAAGUAUAGAAUAAAAAAAUAUAAUUGUCACCAGGGCUUCUUUUUCACAAUAGUAUAUAUACAGUAACUCUGUUUCUUAAUAGAAAACCAUGAACUAUUAGCUGAUUGUCAGGCUAUCUGCUGUGGUAGGACUAUCAGUCAGCUGCUCGGAGGUUCCCAAUUAUGGUUUAAUAUUAUUUUAAACAAUAGGAAGAUCCUGGAAUACCUUGUUAUCAGUGAUAGGACCAUGUUUAACACUUAUCCAGUAGUGGUUUAAAAAUGUUCAUAUUUUUUAUUCAUCUAACUGUGAAUUUCAAAGAACCUUCGUUAUUCUAAGAAAAUCCGUCAUCAGCAUUCUUGAGGCCAUAUGUGAAACUAUCAAAUUAAAGCUACAAAUAUUUCCAAACUUCCCAGAUGUUGAAAGACAAAAGGAAAACACAUGGCAUUGUCUUUUUAAUUGCCAGAAGUUUCAUUUCCAACCUAUAAUUUCAGCCAUUAAGAACCGACACAGUUGGGGUCAUCAGUCCAUAAAAUGUUGCAGGUGAUCAACAAUGCAGACAAAAAGCCCAUUUCUGUCAACUGGAACUUGCAUGGAUUUUUUUUUUUUCUGAUCAAAUCGAGCUGUAACACAAUUCCAACCCCAAUAUGCCAAAGCUUGCAGAAAACAACCUGAUCUCGAAUUAUUAUUAUGCAAAUGUGAAACAAAAGUAACAGACAGCAGUUGCUAGUGUGAGCACAGCCCAAGAGUCUCUCACCUUUAGCUUAGUGUAAUUAACCAGAAUAUUAAAAUGAUAUAAAUAUGUUUUUUUCUACCAGAGAAGUUAUUGUCACUUGUAUUGAGGUUUUUCUCAGUAGUUAUUCUUGUCAGGAGGCAGGGCAAAAUGACCGAGGCCUCAUAUUCCCACAAGUCAUUCCUAAUGAGGUCCAUUAUCACCUGAGGGGAUGACGGAGGGCGUCAUUAUCCAAAGUGCAAUCACAGGCUCACGAUGGAGGCGAUUCGGCAGGUGCCAUACCCCAGCUACUCGUAAAACAGAGGAAGUUUUACCACGUUUGCCGAAUGUUUUUUUUCUUCUCUCUCCUCAGAAUAUCAUAACGAGCCUUGAAAGAAAACUGUUUAAAAGGAAAUCUAAAGCCCACACUUCACCCCGGCAUUUUUGCUGUCAUAAGUGCGAUUAAUGUGCAUUUAUAGGCCUAAUGAGUUUUGACUCCAUUUUCAUUUGCCAGAGCGGGCUGUUUGGAAGCCUGCUGAUCGCUCACGGUGGAGUUUUCAGGACAUUAACAGCCAGAAAGCAGCAAGGAGCAGACCGACUCGCCUUUGACGGGUUCCCAUUCCUCAUGCACUAAUGCGGAAAAGAAGAAAUAAAGAGACUUUGACUUGCAGGAACGAAUGGCCUCCUUUCUGGAGAUGGGACAUCAGGUUUGAUUUUUUUUUUUUUUCUGCUGCAGAAAGUAGAUGUUUCCCACAAAGUUCUGUGUGUUGUUGACGAUACUGAUGUUAUUUAAACUGCUUGUUUCUUUUUAUGUCGUCUCCACUUGUCCACCUUGACAAGGACGAAGAUUGUAGAUGGAUUACUGUAGAACCCGUUUUGUAUCGAAGCAAUUGGGGUUUGAUAAGAAACUGAAGUCUUUUAGACUCCUGUACUGCAUCGCUUUACUCUUUGUGCUGGAAUUUCCUUCAACAACACACACACUCAAGCCCACAUGAAGAAAAAUUCUCAAGAAGGUUUUGAAGUCAGUCAAAAAAAAAAAAAAAAUACAAUCAUGUCUGAAAUGUGGCUAUUGAAAACCUGUGCAUUUUACUGAUUAAACUGUGAAUUUCUUAGCUACCUUAAAGAUGACCAGAUCAGGGCAAGGUAAAGAUGCUAUCAUAAAAAGUCAGAUAACAUGUAUCAAAGCAUAAGUGUUCACAAAUCAGAGCUAAUAUGGCAAUACUGAGAUUAAUGCAAAACAAACCGUUUCAGAGAUGUGUUUAGAAAACCAAGUUAGGUACUGUUGAAGACGACUCGCAAUUUGAACUUGCUCAUUUAUCAGUUCAGGAGUGUCUAAGAAAUGAUUUAGUCCUCAACAGGUCUUAAACUAAGAUGAAUGCCACCACACAACACUGGAUAUCUAUGUCCAACCUUCCUGUUCUCAAUAGAUUUCGGAGGGAGAGUAGAAUAUUGGUCAUUUUUGCUUAAAAUUACCAAUGCAUCUCCCUGUGUACAUGAACCACUUGAGCCUCCCAGACAAGACCAUCCCCUUAUUUAAACUACAGUGAACUCCUGCCUAGUCCCUGUUCAGUAUAUUCUGUAAAACUCCAAACUACUUGUGGAAACUUUGCCCACAGAGGUGAAGGGAGAGAGGAGAGAAAAAAGGAAUCAAGGGAUUUCUCACUAGGAUACCAAAGCAGAUUUUUGUAUCCUUGGUGUCCCUGAAAGCUAAAUUAUUCACACAGGGAAAACACCAGGUCUUUCUUCACUGUAUCUCUUUAAAACAAGCUUUACGUCCUUGUCGCCUUUCUUCUUCCAUUCAUGAUUUAACCUGCCACAUUCUUCGUACAAUCUGCACCCAGAUUAUUGCAGAGACCCACACCCGACCUGAGCGAAAUGUUUACGUCUCACAGACUUUGCAAUGGAGUGGACUCAGGUGUAAUUUAGGUCACGACUACAAAUGUUGAAUUCCAUCAUUCUACCAAGAGACAUUAUUCCUAAAUAAAGAACAUUUGAACAAUUGGCCAUGUUCCCAAGAAUAGACAUCAAGGAAUAGAGGCUUGUGUUGAAUGGUUGAAGACCUAUCUGCAACUUUCCUUUGAACAGAGAAGGCCACAGCAGAGAUGUUUCACUAUAACUCACUUGACCAUAUUUAGAGGAAACAAAACACUGCAUAACAGCACUAUGGUGGAGGGGAUGUGGGACUUGUCUUACAGCCACAGGCUCUGAACACUUCACAGUUGAUGGCUGAACCAUGAACUCUGCUGAGCACCAGUGUGUUCUAGAGACCAAUGUAAGGCCAUCUGUCUGACAGCUGAAGCCUGUUCCAAACAUGGUCGUCAGCAGUAUAAUGAAGCCAAACAAAGACAAAAAAAAACAACCAGAAUGGCCGUUACACAAGAAUCAAGGUGUUGCUGUGGCUCAGUCAAAGUCUAGACCUCAUCCUGUUUGAAACAUGAUUGUGGGACAUUUAGAGAGGUGGACUAAGCACGAAGCUCAGUGAAUUGAAAGAAGAGUGGGGCACAAAAUCAGACAGAAAAUCAAAGUUAUUGGUGUUUAAAGUGAUUCUCUAAACUGUUAAGUCAGAGUGAACAUAGAGCUUCCACACAGCGCUAUAAUGAUUUGGUUUGUUUUCUAGAUAAUUAUUAAAUUACCUAAUGUGUUGUUAAUCUGAGGUGGUAUUAAUCUAAUUUUAAGGUGUGACGAGGACCAAAUGAGAAAUGUUAUGUGCCGGAAAAUGUAAAACAUGUCGUACUACAGUCUGAUAACCUUGUAAUACAAACGUAACUGGUAUUAAUCAAGAGGGUUAUUGUGGUGAUUUAGAACUAAAAUAACAUUUUCGUUUUAUCAUUAUCUCAUUAUCUCGUCUUUGAAAUCAGAUUGAGAUGAGUGGCAGAACCAAGUGAAAAUUAGGGGAUUCAUCAUGUUCAGCUUUUUUACUCAUUUAGUUAUAUUUUGUGCUGAUUAGAUAUCCAUGAAUAUUUUUAAAUAUUUGAAAAGUGGGUACUUCUUCAGUCGGCAGGGGAGAACGUGUACAAUGCAUAUCACUGUGCUAAAGUGGAUCCGUCGAAGUAGAUCCACGUGUUUCUUAUCCGCUCGAAGGUCUUCAACUCCCGUCUAAACAGACUCUACAUUGAUGUUUUCUAUCGGUGUCAGUAGUUGAUCCUGUGUUUCGGUUUGCUUUUCAAUCUGUGCUUCACAUCCUGACUGAGUGAAGACCCUGAGGUUACGGUUGGUCAGAUACGCAGAGGUGGAUUUUAUGUUCAAACUCCAGCGCCCUGAAACGAGAUGAUGACACGAACUGUUAAAGCUGAUCGUCUGUCACGAGUCCAUCUCUGAGGGAAAUCCUUAUUUUAUUUAUGAAUAUGCUGCUUGGAGUUUCUUAAUCUUUAAUAAAGAAAUAUGGUUUACACA